AUGGUGCACCCCGCAAGGCAAGAGCUCCUGGCAGGCGAGCACGCCCACUACAUCCACGCCUUCAGCGAGAACACCACCAGCUUCGAGUUCUACGCCACCGAGCACUUCCGCAUGAGCGGAGUGUAUUGGGGCCUGACGGGGCUGCACCUGUUGGGGCGACUCGACCUGAUGGACCGUGGCAAGGUGGUGGCCUGGGUGCUCCGCUGCCAGCAUGAGGGUGGUGGAUUUGGCGGCAGCGAGCGCCACGAUGCGCACCUGCUCUACACCCUCAGCGCGCUGCAAAUCCUGGCGCUGUAUGAUGAGCUGCACCGCGUGAACGCAGACACAGUGGCGCACUAUGUGUCGAGCCUGCAGCAGCCCGAUGGCUCCUUCUGGGGCGAUGAGUGGGGCGAGACAGACACGAGGUUCUCCUACUGUGCGCUGUCCGUGCUGUGGCUGCUUGACCGUCUUGAUGCCAUCGAUGUGCAGCAGGCGGCGCGCUACGUGGCAGCCUGCAAGAAUUUCGAUGGCGGCUUUGGCUGCACGCCAGGCAACGAAUCGCACGCGGGCCAGGUGUUCACAUGUGUAGCAGCGCUGGACAUUGCGGGGCGGUUGGACCUGGUGGAUGCAGACCUGCUCUGCUGGUGGCUGUGCGAGCGGCAAACAAAGAGCGGGGGGCUGAACGGGCGGCCUGAGAAACUGCAGGAUGUGUGUUACUCGUGGUGGUGCCUGUCGGCGCUGUCCAUCUUGGGGCGCCUGCACUGGAUUGACCAGCAGGCACUCACAGACUUCAUCCUGGACUGUCAGGAUGAGGACGGCGGUGGUAUCAGCGACCGGCCAGAGGACCAGGUGGACGUGUACCACACAUUCUUUGGCAUUGCGGGGCUCUCUCUGAUGGGACGGCCAGGCCUGCAGCCCAUCGACCCCACCUUUGCGCUGCCGGUUGAGGUGGUGGACAGGCUGCGGCAGCGGAAACAGCAGCAUGAAGGGCAGGCGGCAGAGGCAGAGCGCAGGAGCAGCAGCACAACAAGGGAGCUAGAGUCAUGA